ACUCGUUGGCCAAGAAGGUCCACUCCAGCACUAGGCAUGAAGCGGUUUCAAAAUCAAUCUUAAGAGAUUAGUUUAUCUAGUACUUUACAUUUUAAAUAUCAAAUUUCUGUUUCUGCCUGUCUGCUCUUGCAACGUCGCCAUGUUUGUUUCUUCAGAAAACUCUUCGCCCGCCUUGAAAGAUUUCACCCUCGUCAUGCCAGCUGUGGCUGUGGGUAACGUGGGUCAGCUGGCGGUCGACCUCAUUGUGUCCACUCUCAACAUGAGCCGAGUGGGCUACUUCCACACGGACUGUCUCAUCCCCAUGGCUGGAAACAACCCCUACGCCACCUGCAAAGAAGACGCUGACGAGCUGCACACUGCUGCCGAAGUAUACACGGCAGCGGAACUUAAGCUGGCUGUUCUUCAGAUCAGAGCUCCAAUCGUUCAGACAAAGUCCAAAAGGUUCCGUCAGCAGCUUUUGUCUUGGAUCAAAGCCAGCGGUUUCUCCCGGACUGUGGUUCUCUCCAGCAGCCACGCCUACCAGAGGGACGACCAGCAGCUGCAGGGGUCUCCCCUGAGGUACCUGGCCACCCCCUCCCUGCUGAAGGGGAGCGGGGACGCUCUGAAGCAGCUGGGCUGGAGGGAGAUGGAGAAGGUGACGGCCUUCCCUGGCGUGGCGGACGCCAGUUCGGAGCCGAGGCUUUACAUCCCCGGUGGAGGCAUCACCAAAGGCCUCUACACAGACAGCUGUGCAGAUGACCUCCCGCUGGCCGUGCUGCUGCUCUUCUGCUCAGAAGGCGACAACAUCCCCGACGCCUUCGCCCUGGUCAACCACCUCAACGACUGGCUCCACCUGCUGCACCACCAGAGCCACGAGCCGAGCGGAAAGUGGAAGAUUCCCACUUCCUGGAGCCUCCUGUUUGGAAGCGGGAUCCCUCCCGCUCUCUUCUGACGCACUUUUCUAUACUUCUUUAAAGAAAAAUAAAUGUUUUUUUAAAUCUUAUUAGCUUGUUAUAACUGUACUGAAGUCAAGACUCUGAAAAUGUAACUCUUCUGUUCCGAGAGUAAAACAUUGGACAGCAGGCUUCCAUUUCUUCCUGUUAUUUCAUAAAUCUGUCCAUGUGGCAAUAUUACAAGAAUAGACCCAGAGAAGGAUGUUCUGGUAUUUGAGCAGAAGCCGUAAUGUGAAUCUCAUUUGUCGUCAUCUGAAGCACAAAAAA